GUCUGUUUGUGCGUCUGUCGGCCGUCUGUCCACUCUCACUCACACAUGAUCCAUCUGCCCGCGGGGGCCGAUGGUGACAAAAUGUGCCGCGGACUGAACCUCGGUGGACAGACGGCCCACUGACGGCCCCACGAAUUCCGGAUGAUCCAAUCUGUCUGGACGGAUGGCAGACAGACACACACAGUACACACGACCACUCUCCAGUGUGCGGGCCAUGCAAUUGUGGCAGCUGCUCCUGUUGGUGUCUUGGCGAGCUGCUGGCGUCGUCUCGUUCCAUCCAACGACCACAACAGCAUGCUAUCAGCAGCCCACACACACACACACGUCGUCACACAAGUGUGUGUGUGUUUCUAUGUGUGAGUCCCUCUUUGGCGUACGUCAGUUCCAUCCCUUCUUGUCGACGUCACACACGCUGUAGUUGCCGCCGUCCUCGGCCAAACUCGGCGGCCGGUCGAACACAGCCAGUCGAACACAGCCAGUCGAACACAGCCUAUGCUCUCAGAGAGGAACUUUGGCGCGUUGAUGGCAAUCACGACUGGGCCGCGGUGGAACACCUCUGCCUUGAUGCGAUCCUCACCCCCUCGAGUGCUCGUGGAACCCACCUGGCAGCCAGUGGGGGACCAACACACAACCAACAGCCACAGCCACCGAUCUGUGUGUGACGCGUGUGCGGCUUGCUUGCUCUCUUGCUCACCGACGUACCGUGCGAGUAUGACUUGGCGAACCAGAGCAAUCGGCAGUCGUCGACGUCGACGACUGGUGUGUGAGCGGUGGGGCAGGGGACGUUCGUCUGCGUGGCGGCAUAGCCCAGACACUUCUCCUCAUGCAGACCCACCUCUGACACACACACACUAAUGAGGAAGCCGAUGCGACUGAGCAAAGGGGACUGACUGACCUUGCCGACGAGUAGACGGUGGGUAUCCACCGUCGCAGCCUUGCAUGGUUGUAUGGCGAACAGCUCAGCACCGCCUGCGCAGCAACAGAUGCCGCUUGUCCCUUUUAUGCUUCUUACAGAGAAUUUACAAAAAGGUCUCGAAAACCGUUUACGUGUACCGUGUACGCGGCCGAAGCUUAUCAGCAGCAGUCCGCACUCUACGCGCGAGAGGGGGACUGACGAACACCGCAGCAU